AUUUAUUUCCCAUUCCAUAUAUUUCUCUUCCAAUAAAUUUGGGGUCAAAAAAAUUGCUAACUGAAGCUCAAUGGGCCACGUCGCCUUUUUUCCGUGACCAUCAGCUCUCUUGGUGGUAAUUAUGUAUCCUCCGUGGUCCAUUCAGUGUCGUGGCCUAACUCUGUUUGCAAACCACAGCCAUUACUCUGUUUUAAAACCUCUCAUAUAUUUAACUAGCUUAUACUGGAAAAAUUCCUCAGCCAAAAAUGGGUCUAAGAGCACUUCCGGUUUCGACCCCUCAAAAUGGCUUCUUUGCCAAUAGAGCAGCACUGGCACCUUCACCCAGAUUGCUAAAGCAACAGAGCAAAUUCGUGGUUGUUUCGGCCAAGAAAGAUGCUGAAGAAGAGACUGAUAAUAAGAAGAAGAAGCAAUCCCUGUUUUCAAGUGUAACAGAAGCGCUCGACUUUUCCCAGGUUCGAUCCGCCAAGGAUGCAGAACUUUUGGAUGAAGCUAGGGAAGCUACACAAUCCGGUGGCCGGAUGAGUAGGGAACAGUAUGGAGCUCUUAGAAGGAAGAUUGGUGGGACAUACAAAGAUUUCUUCAAAUCCUAUGUCGAAGUGGAAGGACAAUAUGUAGAGGAAGGAUGGGUUGAUAAGACGUGCAGAAUUUGCAAGAAAGAUACGAGGGGUGAGCCCCGGCAAAAGGAUAAUUUGGGGCGAUAUGCUCACAUUGCAUGCCUGGAGAACUCCAAAUCCGGGAAUUUUUUCACUCGACUCUUCUCCGGUUGAAUCUUUAUCGAGAGGAAAGGAGCUUUGCUUGACUUGUACACCAACAAUUUAGAAACUUGGCAAGUUUGGCUCUGUUUUUCCAGGUUUAAUGUGGAAUACAUAUAUACACUUCUGUACACUCGGUAUAUAACUAUUGGUUUUGAGCUGAAAGAUUAACAUUUAAUUUCUGGAAUGUGCACACCAAUUUUGAUCGUGUAUUCAGCAAAUUUAACAUUUGGAAUUUUCAAUGACGAGCUGAUGACGCUGUUACAUUAGCCGAAAGAACACAUUGCCAUAAACCAAGCCGAAUUUGCAGGUUUUUUGUUUGUAUUCCUAGCUCUCAAAACUUGGUCCACUUGAGACUAUAUUUUGGGGGACAGAUAUAGUGUAAUUCACUAAUUUGUGUCAGCAUCUUUACAGUUUGAAAAUUUUAAUGUCAGAUAUGAAAACUGAUUAAUUACUAACCAUAAUAU